AGAGGACGAGGCCACUCGACAGAAUUCUCUUACGAAAUCAAUUUCCUCGUUGUGUCGGGCGGCUCAAGUCUUUCUCGCAGCGCAGACGAAUUUUCAAUUAACAACAGUUGUACUCGAGUGCCGUGCCGGGCUCGGGAAGAAGCGUGAGAAACCGCUCAACUAAUUACUUUCCCUCUUGUUUUAUUUUUCUGCUUUCCAGAUUAUGCUAACAUCUGCCUCCCAGUACCUGUUCUCGGCGCUGGACAGUCGAGUGUACUUUGGCGAAAUCUCGGUUGUGCUGCCCGCUCAGUGGCCAAACUCAUGCAUCCCGUACAAUCAGACUCGGACUUCUUCUAGCGGUGAACGAUCAGAUGUAACGAUACGAUCGCACACCAAAGCCGAGUCACUCAUCUGGACCGAUCAGUAUGCGGGAUGUGGCGAACCAGGUGAUCAGAUCUACAUCGAUUCGGAGGUCUUGGGACGGGACACGAUCGGACGGGAAUUCGUCCGAGAAUGGGCCAAGUACCGGUAUGGGGUGUUCGAUGAAAUUGGAUUCGACAAAGAUCCGGUUUAUCCCAGGUGUUACAUCAACGAUGAUCACGAAGUCAAACUGACGGGAUGUUCGGACGCUCCGGUGAACGAUCAUGGGCUGUGCGGUAGUCCCACAUCUCCGCCCGUCCCAUACAACAUCAGUGACAUUCUGGACCGCAAUGCCCGAACAAGUAUUAUGUUUGCCGCUGAAGCCCCCAGCGUUUCCAUGUUCUGCGACGAAGGUACCCACAAUCGGUACGCCCCGUCAAAGCACAAUCAGAUGUGCGAUCGUCGAAGCACCCUGGACGUGAUCCUCAAACAUCCGGACUUCGUUUCCGAAAGUCCCAUCGCCGUGAAUCCGUCCGUGAUCAUCAACACAACGCCCAAGUUCAGCUACAAAACCCGCAAGUCAACACGCUACGUCAUCAUAAUCGACGAAACCUUGGACAUGCAACUUCGAGAGUCGUGGAGUUUCCUCCGAUCAGCUAUCCGAAAAUGGGUUGUCUACGAUCUGCCCGGCAACACCGAGAUCGGAAUGGUUCUCGCCAACGACACCGCCACCGAGAAGAUCCUCCAAAUUUCCUCCUUGCAUAUCCAGGAAAACAAAGACCUCGUCGCAUCAUUCAUACCCUACUCCCCAAGCGACUCUCGUCAACCAGCCUGCCUAACCUGUGCCAUCUCCGACGCCAUCAGCAUGCUCAACGAACGCACCCGCAUCAGUGGACCGGCCAACUCGGUAAUCCUAGUCGUCGCCCCCGGCAUGGACUUCUCAAUCGACUACAAACCCCUUGCCAACGCCGCGCGAACGAACAAGAUCCGCAUCACCACCAUCAACUAUCCGAACGUUAUCCGACGCCAACCCCUUGACGCUCUAGCCCAUGGCACCGGUGGAUCCGCCUUCUCUGUCUUCGAGUGCAAAUACAACGGAGAGAAAACUUACCUUACCACCUAUUUCGAGCUAACCAACGUCCUGUUCAACAUCGGUAAACAGUACUACGAAGGCAACACGAACGACCUGCCCGUCGAAAUCUACCGCAAGGAACUCGUCGACGUCAUCGACGACUCCAACCAGAUCUCCAAGCGAACCAGCCGCACCGUCACCGGCAGCUUCAUGCUGGACUCGUUCAUGGGUCCCCCGGCGAACUUCUUCGUGUACAUUCACAACCCGGAAAACCCCCUGAUCACGAACCUCAAGCUGACCAGCCCGAACGGUAACGUCUACACCGCACGGAGCGACGCCAGAUCCCUGGUCAAGCAGCUGAUGAUCUCGGCCGUACUCAACGAAACCGGCACCUGGACGUACACGAUCGAUCGCUUCAACGGCAAUCCCCAGCCACACUACGUCCAGGUGAUCGCCACGCCUCGCUCAAAAUACGCUCCGGUGAUCCAGGCUCGCUCGUGGAUCCACCAGAGUAAAACCGGUGGACCGCCGAUCAUCUACGCGGAGGUCAAGAAGGGUGACCUGCCGGUGAUCUCCGCACUGGUUGAGGUCACGGUGACUCGACCGGACAAGGUUUGUCAGGCUGGCAGCGGAAUGGUGCACGAAUGUCGCGAGAAGCUGAAACUGCUGGACACCGGUGCCGGUGAUCCGGACAUUACCAAAGGGGAUGGAGUGUACUCGCGGUACUUCAAUGCGGAGGAGUUCGGAGGGUCCGGGGCGUACCAGUUCGAGGUGACGGUUAGCGACAACGGGAACACGGCGUACUCGCUGUCCGAGAGCUAUGGAGCGAACACACCAAAGUCUGCCAGAUGUUGCGGAAGCUCCAUAGCGAUCCCGUUGAAACAACCGUCGACUCCAUUCCAGCGGACUCUACAACCGAUGACCAUAUUUGUUGCUCCAGAACAGCUGAACGAUGAGAACCGUAAGCUGGUGGGACGCAUCAGUGAUCUGAGUGCGGACGUUGAAGGAAUGCGUGUUAGACUUGGUUGGACCUCGCCGGAUAUGGGCGGGAAGACUGUUGCUCGAUAUGAAGUGAAAUACGCCACCACGAUCAAGGACAUCGUGGACAACUUCGAUACGGCAGCUGUGGUGUGGCAUCACGACAACCCGUUGACGUAUUCGAUAGGAGACGACAGCACUUUUACGAUGAAUAUCACUCACGAGCCGCAUCUCAUUGGGCAGAUCUUGUACUUUGCGUUACGGCCUUACUCCAAGGUGACAAAGGACGCUGAACCGGGUCCGAUUUCAAACUACGUCCGGGUGUUCGUCCCAAAGCCCAAGCUAACGACUCUGUACCCGUCAUCCAGUUCCAGUGGCACGGAAAGUUACGAUCCGAUAUGGAAUUCAUAUGACGGUAUCAACAAACAUGGUGACGAUGGCAUGGAUAUCAUUCCCAGAAUCGCUAAGACCAUGGAUCUCGGCCUGGAGCUGCUACUGCCGAUAAUCGCUGGAAUUAUCCUGUUGUUAGCACUAAUUGUAGUCUACUGUUACUUCUGCGUUGUGAAGAAGCGCCACGACAAUCACGACGAUGAGCAGAAGAAACCUAUUAAACCUUUCAAAAGCGAUCACAAGUCGUCCAGCCACAACGUCAUCGUAACCACCACUGGAAACGCCUCUUCGCCUUCGUCGAACUCUACUACAUCUUCAUCGUCCUCUCCGAAUCAUGCCAACCAUCAACAGCACAUCCCGACUUCGGUGUCCUACGACAUGAACCUGAACGAUCACCAAACCGUGGGAAUUCCAACGAUCUACAGCAUCGACGAUGACAUAACGAUGUCCAAGAAGCGCUACAGUUCCAUGGGACUAACCCAUCCUAGAGAACAGCAGCUCAUCGAAGAGCUCAAACAACAACAGCACAUCAUCGAUGCCCAAUCCUUCAUUGUCCCAACGAACAAUAACAACAACUGUGCCGUCAGCAUUAUCUCCACAGCGUCCAACAACACUACAUUGACCCGAUCCUACAAUCCAAACCCCAUGAUCCCCGGUGGUCGAACACUCAGUCCGUACGAAUCCUGGUCGGCGUCCCAGUUGCUCCAAGACCACGAUCCGCACCAUCCCCAUCUCCCUCAACCCACGCUCAUGGACGACCUGGUGGACAACAACGUGCCCCAGCAGUUCUACACCACACAGCCGCACUCGCAGCACGACCAGAUGUCCCUCCUGAACAACAACCACAUCACCGAGAGCACUCCGCCGGUUCCGCCACUUCCGAUCUACACCACGUCCAGCAGUGGGAACUCCACCACCAACUACGUCUACGGGCAGCAGUCCGGCAGCAACGGUUCGGUGAACUCCGUCAACAGCAAUGGCGGCAUGGCGAACGGCGGUACUGACACCAAGAAGCGACGGAACGUCACUAUGGUUUAAGGUGGAAUCAAAAGAAUCGGCGAGGGUGAUCCGUGGGGAUGAGGAUCAAACAAUGAAAGUUCUCAUCGUAAAGAAUUACCCAGUCGAAAAAGUGAUAUAUCCUUGUAAAAACACAUCUCGUUCAAGGGGCAAAUGUGUACAUUACACAUUCAGUGCCAGAUGUAUAGGUAGGAACGAUCGCUGACGAGAUCAUUGACAGGGAUCGUGGAUCGUGGACUGCCUAGGGAUUUCAACGCCAGAGUGAGCAAAAAUCGUAUAAUUAUUGUUUUCAAUCAAUCGAACUAGUCAAAUUGGAAUACAGCAUUGUCUUCGUGAAUUUCCUAAUUUUAGAACGCAUUACUAGAUAUAUUCUAUACCAAGAACUGUGACCUAAUUCGAUUUCUGGUUUUCUUAAUUUUUUUUAAACAAACAUACGUAUAAGGUAAAGCAUUUUCCUAACACUGAAUCACAGGUGAUUAACGAAAGAGACAGAGAGGCCAGCAUAAAGUAGUUCGUAAGAUGAUUGGGAGGCAAACUAACUUUUCACUAGCAAUAAGAGUAAACACAAAACUGUCAGAGCAUUUAAAUUACUAUAUUUUAAACAAAGAGAGCAGUUACAUUAAGCGACCUACCCAAGAUAAUAUAAUAAGAGUUUAUAUAGAAGGAACUAGACCGUAGCGUAUUUAGAUAACAAACCGAUUUGAACGCACCCCGUUGUUUGAAUUAGGAAAAUGCAACAGAACGAUGCAAAAUCAAUCAGUAAAGUCGAAUAAAAGCAUAGAGUAUCUGGCAUAAAACAGAAACAUAUUUAUUGUACCAUAAACAACUAAAAACAAUCCAAGACAUAAGGGGAUAGAACUAAACUGUGGAUCCCACCAAGUGAAGAGCUUAGGAUAUACCUAACCCCAGAAUUCACCCACAUUGUACUUAAGCAUUGAACAACACACAUACACAAAAGAAGGUCAGUUCUCUACCAAAUCAUCUCAUCGUGUCACUGUGUCAGUAUCAAAGUACAUAUAGUAGAUAAGUCCAAAUUUGUGAAUUUUGUAUUUCAAAUUGAGUGUUCGUUCGGAACAGCAACCGCAGUUCGAAACAGUGUGUGGAUGUGAAAACAAAUCAACGUUUUUUGUAAAUGUAUCGUAUUUUUUUUUAAUUUGCGAAAUUUUAACCUGUUUCGACGACAAGUUCAGAAAUCUCAUUAGGUAGUAAGUUUUAGGUUGUUUUCCACUGUACAUAUGUUUCAAGCGAUCGAAUAAAACACAGAAAUUUUUAGUUCAA